AUGUCUGCUUUGAAUAAAGGAGAAGUGUUGAGGCUAAAAAAUUUGAUUUAUAUCACUUCAUUCAAUAUGUCAUUUUCGAUACUAAGUGGAUUAAUCAUUCUUAAAAUAGGAGUAUGGCAAUUAUUGGUCUUGAAUUUAAUUUUCAGCUUAUUUUGUUUCACCUAUGACUUAGGAGGAGAAAGCUUAGAUGAGGUUUGUAUAGUUUUAUGUUUAAAAUUUUUUAAUUUUAAUUCUGUUUUAAACUAUAAAAAUUAUAACUUUAUAGAAUAAUCAAUUUAUGAUAGAAAUAACAAAGUUUCAAUAAUUUAAUAAAUAGCUAUGAUAUUGAUGAUUAUCAUAUUUGGAUAAAAUCCUAAUUCAAGUAAUGUAUCUUAAGCUGAUAAUCUAUCUUAAAGUUAUGCAAACAUAUUGCUUUUAGUAAUAUCUUCAAUAGGUUUUUUUAUUUUUUCAUACUUAGAAAUAAAAAAAUUACAAAAAAAAACAAAUAUUGUUGUAGUUAGCAGUGAGAAGGAAUUUAUUUAAAUGCUUUCCAAAUUAUAAGCAUGUUUGAUGAAAUAUCAUUUUGUUAUUUUCAAAGACAAAAUCCUAUUAGAUUGCCCAGCUUUAAUAUAAAAUACUGCUCUUGAAAACCAAUCAGAAUCAUAUUCUCUUUAGGUUGAUCAAGUUGAUUGCUAUGUUUACUACUUUGAAAAAUUAAUAGCAGAUAUUUUAAAUUGUAAAUAAAAAGGCAAAGCAAAUUUUGAAUUGGUACCUAAUUUGAGAAAAUAUUAAUGCAAAUGCACAAAAAGUUAUAAAGAUUUAUUUUUAAAUUAUGAGAAAAUGUAUGAUAUACCUGUAGAAAAAGUUUAAAGCUUAAGUGAAACUGACAUGCAAAAUAUCAUUUUAAAAAAAUUCGUUCAAGGACAACUAUUCUGCACAUCUACAUAAGAUCUCAUUAAGAAAUACAAAGAAAAAAAUGGAUAUUUUAAUUUUCAUUUAUAAUUUGAAUAAAUUAUGUAUUAAACUAUAUUAAAAUAUAUUCUAAUCAGAGAUUAUAUUUAAGUUGUGCCAUGUUUCGUAUUAUAUGAUUUGUAUGAAAGCAACUGA